UCAGUAUUCAUUUGAAUGCCAGAAGGGAGAGACACAUCAUGUUCAGUAAGAGAGUAACCGUUGCCAGCGUACUGUGUUUGCUCCAUCUCACUUUGCAGGCAGGAACCAGCAGUAUACGGAGAUCGGUCACUAGUCUUAGAACCCAGCGUUCAGUUGAUGAUGUCUCCUACCUGGGGUGUUUAUCCUCUGUACCCUCUAUGCAGAUGGUGUUGUUCCUAGAUCAUAUUUGUGUGGACUGUUUCAAUCUGUACAACGAAAUUGAAAUCUAUUCAUACUGCAGAUCUCGGUGCUACAACAGCAACUUUAUGGAUGGAUGUAUGGAAGCAGUUGGUUCAGAUGCCGCUACAAUAUCUAAAGCGCACACCUACAGAUUCUACCUUAAUCUAAUUUAAUCGAAAAAAUGGAAAAAGUUGUAUUUUUUCAUUUUUUUAUACGGGUGUAGAAACCGUAGAAUCAGAGGGAUAGCAAAAGAUAUUGAGUUGACCUACAUAGAGAAGAGUGGAGGUAGAUCUCAAACUAGCCCAGCUACUGCGACUACAAGAGUACAGCUGUCUACCAGAGAUACAUUCAUGUGUAUAGUCCGACCAGACAAUGUAAACAUCAUACUUUAAUUUCUAUUUAUCAUUUUAUAAAUAUAAUAUUCAACAGAAUACCUAACGUAUUCGAAAUCUUA